AUGCUGUACGAAAUGAUAGGAGUGGUUCGGCCUGGCCGCCUCUCUGAAGUCAAAGAGAUCGCUAAGACUGCCGGCAAAAUCGUGCUCGAGAAGAACGGUGUCGUGCGCGGGGUCUCGAACUGGGGCACCUUUCUCCUCCCCAAGCCAGCGAAAAAGCUGCAGUCCACACACCACUACGGCCACCACUUCAUCAUGCGCUUCGACGCGAGUGCUCGCGCGCAACACGCCCUGCGAAGGACCAUGUCGCUUGAUCCGCGAUUAAUCAGAUACUCGGUUGUGAAGAUGGGGACCAAGUUUGAGGAGAUCAAGGAUGUGCCUGGGACGGCGUCAUUCCGUUGA